AUGCAGGACGAUGCCCUGGGAUCCUUUGUUGGAGGAUUGGUUAAGUCUGAUGUUGCUAGGUUUGGUAAUUUUGACUUGAGCCUUCAGCUGCCGUGGGAGACCGAUUUUGCAAAGAGCCUGCUUGACCCAGAUUGUGUUUGGGACCCUUUGAAUGGCUUCAAGCAGGAUUCGCAGAUUCCUCCUUUGUCGACGCUAACUCUUGCAAAUCCAUCCUCCAAGCAGCCUGCCAAGGAGUGUCAUACUGGAGCCAUCUUUGCUUGGGCUGUGUCACUUGGUGCGGCGGCUAGGGAUCCUGCAGCUGAGAGAGAGCGAAAGUUCGACCAAGGGGUGUGCAUGUGGAGCCGAUUGGUCUUGAGAUAUUCAGCAUGCUGCACGCUUUACGACUGUGUUUUAGAUGGCCAAGGCGCAGGUGAGAACACUUAUGCUUUGAUCGAGGCUGCAGUCUCAGCGGCCGUGGGAGUAAAGUCGCCACACACCAUCCACAAGAGAGCGUCCUCAUUUUGGGCGUUCGUUCGGUGGGUGGAUGUCCAUGAUCCUCAGUCUGCCGAGAAGCUGCAUGAGGUACAGGUGUGGAACUUUGUGCAGUUCCUUAAAGCUUCUGAGGCACCCGCAUCAAAAGCCUCGUCUGUGAUCAGCUCCUUCAGGUUUGCGCAUUUUGUGCUGGGGUUCAAAGUCACGAGCAUCAUCGAGUCAAAGCGAAUUUGCGGUGCCGCGGAGCAGCAACUUGUGAAGGUCAGGAAAUUGAGGCUGUAUGCCAGGGCACGUCCCAGCGACUUCUUGUUCAUUGAGACAGUUGAGGUUGACUGUCCGGCCGAUUCAGACUACCCUUUGCUAGUCUUUGAAGCGUUGAGCGCCUUCAAGGACGCUGGCAGAGCAUUGCCGGCUGUGCGAGGUCCAUUGACUCUUGUGGGCCGUGCCUUGCGUGCAUUCUUGGGCGAGCCUGAAGAAAUCAUUGCCAUCUACAGCAGAGAGCUUGCAGCUGCCCCAGUGCGGAAAUUGCAGGACUUGAUCAGAGAAAUCGUGGCCGGCCGGUUCAUGCCCGACAGCAGUCGGUCGAGUUACUUCCCAAAGACGCCUAGCGCUAAGGAAGCUGGGAAAGCCAUCGCAUGCUCGGACAGUUCGGCCCCUGGAACAGGUGCGGUCAAGAUCGAAGUGCUUAGUAGCGACGAAUCUGGUUCGGAGCCGGGAGAUUCGCCUGAUAGCGAGUCCUCUGGCUCGACUUCGAGUUCCUCGAGCUCUUCUGUAGAAGCUAAUGCUCAGCCCAUUGUGCGACGGUGGAAGAGAGCCAAAGUGGAGUCUACUGACCAGGUGUGGUACGCUCACACCGGUAGUGGAGUUUUGCAUCUGCUCGCGAGUCCUGAGGAGGCUCCGAUGUUGCUCGCAUGUGGGCGACCGGUGAAUAAGAAUUACCGGGAGGCUACGAGAGAGGAAGUCGGUCUUAGCCGGGACACGCUCCGUGCUUUUGCAGCUCAUGGAAUCGACACUUUGAGUAAGUUGGCUUACUCGUGCGGCCAACCGGGGGCGCCGUUGCCUCAAUCGGACUUUGAUGACUUCAUUGCUACCGUGAUACCUGCAGCUCUCUUGGGCGAGAAAGGAAGUGUGAAGAGGCUCAUCUUUGAGAGUCAGGCAUUACUGCUCACUGAUCUGCGUGAACAAGUUACGCAGCCCGACAAGUGGGCUACCAAAAAUGUGCCGACCGUCGAACGGCAGAAGAGAAUGGAGGCUGUGAAAGCCAGCAUCCCAGGAGUGUUGGUUGAAGGGUCCUUGGAGCCAUCGCAUGGGCUCCUCAAUGCUGCUUGCCGCAUGGAACGUGAAGGCCAGCUGCGCUACAUUGCACCUGAGCAGUGUGGCACAAGAAUGUAUGAAAUCCAGAACGUCAAGGCGCAGAGCAAGGUUCUUUCUUUGGAAGAGGGCAAGCUUGCGAUUUCAGAAGAAAAGGAUUUGCCUGAGGUCACUUGUGGGUCCGCCUUGUUGCUACAAGAGGCUUUGAAAAGGCGGGGGAUCGCCCUUCAGUUUGCGGGUGUGGCUUCCUUCCUCGCUCACGAGAAGUAUGUAUUGAAGCUCUUCGGCCACAUGGGUCGAGAGCCCCCUCCGGGGCACGCGAGAACCAGUGUGCACCAGCUCCUCACUGCUGACCGCCAGGUUUGGACAAAGUUGAUCGAGGACGAGGUUAGCCCAAGGCGCAGCCCCGCUGGCACCUACCCCGUGGACGAUGCACUGUUACCCGCGUUGCAAUCGUAUGAUGUCACUGUUGCGCUGCUCCCCAGGGAAUCCUCUAAGGAUGGCAAGAAGCGUUUUGCUCCGACCAAGAAGCAUCAGAAUGAGCGUGAACAGAAGGUUGGCAAAGGUGACGGAGGCAAGGGUUCUGGCAAAGGCAAGGGCAAGCGUCCAACAUGGCAGCCAAGUGUGCCGGAGGCUAUACGCAAACUCGGCGGGAGUGCCCAAACUCCGGACAAGAAGCGCAUUUGUUUCUCCAGGAAUCUGCCUUGUGGUUGCACCCUUGACCCGUGCCCGAAAGGUCUUCAUGUUUGCGCACUGUGCUUCUCCCCCGAUCAUGGCAUCCAGGACCACACUGCGGAUGUGCAUAUGGUGGCCGAUGACGGAGAGGGCAUCGCAGCAACAAUUGCCGCAACCUCGACUGGAGGUCAAGACUACCCAUUGCAUGAUUGCAGCUUGGUUGCACCGACCGGGUCAAAACUCGUUGUGUCAGAGCAUCCAGCUGAAAAAUUUUCUGCAAAAUGUGAGCCUCCUGUGCUGGCUGACAUCUUGAACUUAAUUACACUUUUGGAGUCUGAGAAACCUUCACGAGGUCAAUCCUCUGAGAACACCUUUUCUUGGACCUCAGGCGCAUACGCUAAAGGUCCUUUGCGUGGGCUUCGGAAACACGCUUCUGUUUUCCCCGCUUGUAUGCGCAUGCUUUGCAGGCUUGUGCUCCAAGCUUUUCCGGAGGCCGAUUUUGGCGCGGUUGCAGUUUUUAAGAAUUUGCGAACACCUCUACAUGUCGACAUUAACAACUCUCCGGGAUCGGUAAAUUACUUGAUUCCUGUGUCCUCUUUCACAGGUGGCGAGGUGUGGCAAGAAGGACAGGGAUCCGUUGUUGUGCACGAUGAGUUGGGCCAUCCACUCAUGGGCUCGCUCCUUCCGGUUGCAGAUGGGCCCUGUGUCGUAGAUCCGCGGCGCACCCAUUGUACCAUGCCGUGGGUUGGUGAGCGAGUGCUUCUCGUUGCAUUUAAGCCUGCGCAUACUCGUGAUUUGUCCAUAGCCUUCAAACAGCAGCUCCAGAGCUUAGGUUUUCCGAGCCGGGCAUUAGGUUUGUGUGCGUUGGAGGCAAAUUUGUUGCCUCCAUCACCGCCUCUGCCAGAGGCUAGCUUGCUGCCGAUGAGACCGGUUCUUCCGAACUCCGAUGUCGUUUGGAAUGACCCCCUUGUUAUCGAGCUUUUUGCGGGCAACGGCCGUGUCACUGCUUGCCUCAAGCAGUUGGGACUUUCGGCUGCUGGGGUUGACCGCAAUCCUAGUAAGUCCGUGUCCUUCUGUCUACCGGCGGACCUCACCUCGGCUCGAGGCCAAAAGCUGUGCAAGGAGUGGCUCGCCUCUCCUAGAUUGGCCGGCCUUUUUGCUACGCCCCCAGCCUUCACCGCUGCCAAUGCUGACGCAAUCACAUUCUUGUUGCAUGUGUUGUCCACAGCCUUGACCAAUGGAGUCCUUUGUGCCAUCGCGAACCCUCGACAAAGUCGCUUCUGGCAAAAUCCUCAGUGGAGGGCUGUUGCCUCCUCUUUUCGUUUUGUUGCCUGCCAGGAGUGUACCUUCGGUGGCAGACAUGACGAUCACACCGUUUUCGCUGUGUCGGAUAGUGGCUUUGACAAGUUGGCUCGUUCUUGCCCCGGCCCUCCGUGCAAAGCCUUGAAUCGCUGCCCCGAUCCUGGCACCGGUUGCCCUGCUCACCUUGCAAUGCAAGUAGCAUGCUGCUUCGCCGAAGUUUUCGUCAAGAAAGGUUGGCAACCACCUAGCCAGUGUUUCGAUGCAUUCGACCCUCGACUUCAAGUGCCGAUGUCACGCGCUCUAGCAGGUGCUCAGCCUCCGGCUAGCAAGAUUCCUCCGCUCGUCCCGGAACAUAAGCGUGUGGUCGUGCUUCGCCACCCGCCUGGCCUCCAACUAUCGUGCCAGCCCAUGCAGCGUCUUACUACAGAUUGGCUCGUGCCUCAGGGGUGCCAUGCUCCCUGCGCCUGCAUUCCUGCGAAAUCCCAGCUUCUCAGGCACGUGCCGAUAGGUCAAAGUGGGGGCGACGAGACUGUGAAAGUAGGUUUGUGGGAAAUGGCUUGGGGAAUUCCUUGGGACCCAGAAGAGUUUAUGAAGACGGCCAAUGAGUCCAGCCAUCCUCGGACCAUUGGAUCUGUGCUCCCUCAGCCACUUAAGGAUUCUCUUGAUGCAUUGGACGAGAAGAAUGACGCCGAAGUAACCGAGCUUAGAGCUAGGGUUAUUAAGGACUGGGUUCACCUUUCGGUUUCCCUUGCUCAGGAUGAAGCAAAGUUGAAAGCAAGCAUGCACCCUGACGUCCGUGCCAUCACCGAACCGAAACGCAUUUUGCUGUGGGAGUCUCUGAUGGCGAAGUACGCUUAUCCUGACCCUGGAGUGUCCAGUCUCCUCAAGGAAGGGAUUCCCUUAGUGGGUCACGCGCCCAUCUCGGGCGUCUUUAAGCCGAAGUUCAAACCUAUGCAAGCCACGCCGGAGCAAGUGCGAGAGGAUUUUCAUGAUUUUCGGAAAAAGGUCCAUAAGUCCCUUAAGCCCCAGGAGCACUCCCUAAUGUCCGAAGUUUUUGAAAAAACUGAGAAGGAGCUAGAGGCUGCUCAGGAACUUUGUGGCUUCCAGGAAAUCAAAUCCUUUGUGCAAAAAGUGUUGGAGGACGGCCGCCUUCCACAUCAUGAAGCGCUUCGCCUCAGAGGGAGGUGUCAGUUUGCAGAUUCGCAAAUCUUCGGCCGCACUGGGAAGAAGUGUCUAGGAUUGAUCACUGCACACGCCUAUGGUCUCGAGGAGGCUAUCAGUCACGAGCUUCGCGUGUCGCUUGAAAGGUUUCUGCAAAGGCUUGAGUGCGAUGCACCGCGACUUAUCAAGAUCCUUGAAGGCGGGUUCUGGAAGGUGUACACGGAUGCAUCCUACGAGCCGGGUGCAACCACGAGUUACUGUGGAAUAGGCGGUGUGUUGGUUGAUCCUAGUGGUGUGCCUAGAAAGUUCUUUUCAGCUGUUUUGGACGAUUCCCAAAAGAUUUUCUUAGGCGAAUCCAAGUCAGCCCAGAUCAUUUUUCAAGCAGAAUUGCUGGCGCUCACAAUCGCUAUGGAUGCUUGGUCACACGACUUUAAAGGCUGCCCUGUAAUUUUCUUCGUGGACAAUAACGGGGUUCGUGACAUCACCAUUUCGGGGCAUGCGAAAGCGUCGAUAGCCAGGCGACUAUUGGAGAUUUUCUUGCAAUUGGAGCAUGAUGCUUCAGUCGUGCCUUGGUACGCGAGGGUACCAUCACCAUCAAACCCCGCAGAUGAACCUUCGCGGAUCGAAUGCAAAAGCCUGUGCCUCUUGGGCACUCAUCUUGAAAGAUCCACCGUGGGCGGCAUCAUCACCGCUUGCUUGAAGAAAGUACAGGGGCUCCGGUGA